UGCCCCGAGACAGGAAGAGGAAGAAAGGGACGAAUAUUAGUGUUUACUAUCGGUAGAAACCAACUGAAUUUUACAGUAGAACUCGUUUAAUUGCGUUUGUAUUGAAAAUCCGCAUUUAAGACUUCUGUACGCCUGACGUCAUGGAUGAUACAUUGUUUCAGCUGAAGUUCACUUCAAAGCAGCUGGAGAGGCUGGCUAAGAAGGCGGAGAAGGACUCCAAGACAGAGCAGGCCAAGGUGAAAAAGGCCCUGCAGCAGAAGAACGUGGAGAUCGCCCGCGUGUACGCCGAGAACGCCAUCCGCAAGAAGAACGAGGGCCUGAACUGGCUGCGCAUGGCCUCGCGCGUGGACGCCGUGGCCUCCAAGGUCCAGACGGCGGUGACCAUGAAGGGGGUGACUAAGAACAUGGCUCAGGUCACCAAGGCUCUGGACAAAGCUCUCAGCUCAAUGGAUCUGCAAAAGGUGUCUGCUGUGAUGGAUAAGUUCGAAUCCCAGGUCCAGAAUCUGGACGUUCACACUUCGGUGAUGGAAGACUCCAUGAGCUCGGCGACCACGCUGACCACCCCCCAGGAGCAGGUGGACGAUCUGAUUGUGCAGAUUGCGGAGGAGAGCGGCCUGGAGGUGAUGGACCAGCUCAGCCAGCUGCCCGCCGGGGCCAGUGCGGUGGGCGAGAGCUCCACGCGCUCCCUGGAUAAGGAGGACCAGCUGUCCCGCAGGUUGGCUGCUUUACGGAACUGAGAUUGCAUUGUUUCCAAGAAAGCAAACACUGUUAUUGCUUCGACAGACAGACUGGAGGUGAUGGUGUGAGCUCCUUGUUCCUCAUUUGAAUUUACAUACAUGCACUGUGGCCCUUGGCUACUGAUCCACCCGCGUCUAUUUAUAGCUGGUUUCUACCAUGCUUGAAUAGAAGCUGCCAGGUAUCCAAGCCAGUCUGAGAAUAGAAAACCCAAGAGUGCUCUCUGCUCAUGAAGAGGUCGCCCCACGCGCUAUCUGAAAACUGCAGUUUCUUCUUUACUUAAGAAUCUUCUUUUCCUUUUGUAAUUUACAGUACUUCAGCUUUACAAAUUCAAUUUUGUAUAGAUUUUUCAAAGCUUGUGAAGAUUCACCGAAUGCUAUAAAACUAGAAUUUAAUAAUGCAUUGCAGAAUGAUCAGGACUUAGUUCUCUUCAAAGGGAUACUAUACUUGGUAGUUAUUUUGGCAAGAUUGAACUCAAAAACAGGAGAGGGGUGGAGAAAAAUGCCGUCUUAACACAAAUUAAAACAUUAUUUUGACUUCUCUAAUGUAGAACUCUGUAUGUUUGUUUUUAUGUAUACAGAGACUGUGCUAUUUUGAAAUGUGGCAUAUAGAGUAUAUGUAUCAUUUUCAGAUAUACUUGUUUCACCAACUGUAAAUGUUUGCAUGGGUAAUUUAGUGGGGAAGAUCUGGCUUCACCACCUCUUAACUUCUACAGGGAAUUCUGUUCUUCUAUGGGAAAAUCCUGAAUUGCUGCUAAUGAACAUGAUUGAGCCUUUUCCCCAUCAGCCCCAUUGGUUUCUAAUAGCACUAUAAUUUGUGUAGUCACCACGCACAGGAGAUGGUCUUGUUGGAAAGCACAGGAGUGGCUUAUGCUGUAAAGGUUAUUGCUGUUGUAUUCAUUGAAAGUGUCAUAUAACAAUCCGUUCAUUACACAUUGAAAGGGCACUUUCGAUUAACAUGUUCAUAUCAGCUUCCGAAUUGCUUUUGUCCUAUCUAAUAUGUCUGUCAAAUUUUUAUGUAUGCAAAUGGGAUUUUCAUAGGAAUUUUUUCUUUUUUUUUUCAUUGCUGAGAGGUGUCAGUAGCACGUGUUUCUCUGCUGGUAUUGAGUCCCUCAGUUUGCUUGCUGUUCUGAAAUUCCACACUGACUCCCACUCCCUGACCAUCCCUCCAGUGCAGAGUAGAAGUGGUGCCCUCUGAAUAGCUCAGUAUUACCCUUGACACAUACAUUUCUAGAGUUAUAGGGAAAUUCUUCAAACCUCCUGCCUACAACAAUAUUGUGCAGGUGCAGUACAGGAUAAUGAAAUCAUAUAUAGAAUUUUGCAUCUGGUAAUUAUAAAAACGUAUACAUCCCUUCCUUGAGUCACUGCACCCAGGUUCUGGUCUUGGUGGCACGAACAGUGGUUAUGCUUUACCAUAAAGACCAUGCUCCCCCAUGUCUGCUUUAAAUCCUUCAUGCAGUUGACAAGGCCAAAGGGUCACAAAUCCCUUCACAACUGGCAGGUCCCUCGGCAUGCGUCCUUAGGGUGUGAGCACAAAGCUCACAGGCUUCUCUGGGUAAAAAUAUCUGCGCAGAUCUUCUUAAUAACACUAACAGUGAUGUUCGGCAAACUGCUGUACCCAACUGGUAUACAGCAUUUAAUUUUGCUGUUGGGAACCGUGUUCAAAACCCAGCCUGUCAUGGAGUCUAGAAGUACAGUUUUGAAGGGAGCUAUUGUGUUGGGAAAAACUAAUGCAGCGUUAAACAAUGCUUGUAUCGUUACAAAUUGUAGAAUACUUCAACUUGUUUUUAUUUUUGCCUUAUAUGGAUUCAGCUGCUUGCCUAGGAGCUCUGCAAUUCUACAGUGCCUGAAAAAGAAACUCUCUCUAGACUAGAGAUAUAGAGGGCUAUGUGCAAGGAAAAGAUGGCAAAUUUGAUCUCAUUAAAGCCUUCCUAACUCUGCUUGUCACAAUUCAACAAGGAUUACCUUGCGUGGUGCAUUGUGCAUUUGGCAGAGGUUUUUGCGCGUGCCAGUAGUAGUUCUUAGUGGGCACAAUCAUUGGGUGCAUCAAAAUACAUUUUGAUUAAUUUACAUCGUAUCUCCUUUUAGUUUUCAUUUGAUUUGUUUCUCGGGGGGGGGGAGUGGUUAUUUAUGUUCAGAGCUAUAUAAAGGUUGAUGGUAAUCUUUUGGUUUUAUAUGUUUUUAAUUUGAAAUAAACCCUAUUAAAGCUGUAAUGCAACUCUG